AUGAGUGCAAAGAAAAAUAAUAUGCAAGGAGUAGAGGAAGAAAUGUCAGAUAAUUCAGACAGCUUGAACACAACACUUGUGGAAAAUAACGCGAUGGCAGCAAAUACCGGAAAUUCUGCGAGUGGUAUAAUUUCACCGGAUCAAUUAGCAUCUCUAUUGGCAAGUAUUAAUUCUCUAAAGGAGUCUGUUAAUGAGAUUCGCCGCGAUAAUCAGCAAAUUCGUAGAGAGUUCAGAAUGUGUGAUAUAAGCAACAACGACGUGGUUCGAUCCACAGAGGAAUCACAAGGAAAUAACUUCAACGCCGCUCCAACCUUUGUCGCCGCAGGAGCACAGUCAACGAAUUUCACAACUCCAGUCAGUUUGUCGUUUGCAACUGAGAGUAGCAGCCUACCGCCGUCUUUAAUUUCUACGUCUUGUGCCAUGGAUAUUUUAAAUACUCCACAGCCUCAAAUCCAAUAUACCCAGCCAUCUGUGCAGUAUACAGUCCCACAAGUGCAAUAUACCCAGUCUGUACAGUAUCCAGACCCACAAUUGCAACAUACACAAUCAUCUGUACAGUAUCCAGCCCCACCAUUACAAUAUGGCCAGUCACAUACCACGUCGUCGCCACAGUUGCCUCAACAAUCAAAUGUUUCUCGAAUUUCGUAUGUUGACAAUUUAGCCGCCAGGUUGUAUCCACUACCCAACUUUGAUGGUAACCCAGAGGACUGGCCUCUUUUCAAAGCCAGUUACUGUGAUACUACAAGGGAAUUUGGAUAUAACAAUCGCCAAAAUUUGAUGAGGUUGCAUAAAGCUCUGCACGGUGAUGCUCGCCGUGUUGUUUCGUCGCUGUUGGUUUUUCCAGACAACGUGGCGCAAGUAAUUGAAGAACUACAAUUCAAUUUUGGUCGGCCUGAAUUGUUAAUUCGGGUACAAAUGCAGAAGAUCCAAAGAUAUCCUGUUAUAUCCGAAAGUCGUCUUGAACAAAUUGUUGAUUUCUCAAACCAAGUACGCAAUAUUGUCGCCUUUCUGAAAUCAGCGAAUUGUGAGCACCACUUGCUGAACCCAAUGUUGUUGGAGGAAUUAGUCCUUAAAUUGCCAGCUUCAAAACAAUUUGAAUGGAGUCGUCGUGCAGCAGGGGCGUCAGUAUAUCCGAAUAUACAAAGUUUUGCUGAUUGGUUGAGUGACCUUGCCAAGGUUGUCAGCCUAAUGCCUUCUGUAGUGUCAUCGUUACAGCGAAGUAGCCAGGCAUCGUCGUCAACAGCCUUGCGUUCAGUUACGCAGUCGUCUUCAAGUCGUCAGUCUUCAAAUAUUCCUAGAAGAGUGUUACUCAAUAAUGAGCCAGAGCCUGUUCAACAACAUCAGCAACCAUUGUGUUGCAUUAAGUGUAAGCAAUGUCAUCAGUUAAAGGUAUGUCCAGAAUUUAAGGAACUUAAUGUGCAAAAUAAGUGGACUCUGGUGAAAGCCAACCGUCUGUGCUUUGCAUGCCUUCAACGAGGUCAUGGUUUGGGUGAUUGUCGAUCUAGGCAUGAGUGUGGGGUCGACAAGUGCAAGCGUAUGCACCACCCUCUCUUGCAUCAGGCUGUCACAUCUGUUAAACCCUCGUCAACUGUUCAGCCCGCAACAUCGUCUGCUACCAACAGUAAUGAGCAUUUAUUGAAUUGCCGCGAAAACCAAAACGAAUGUUUGUUUAAAAUAUUGCCUGUGGUGUUAACCGGACCCAACGGAAGCUUCGCGAUUUAUGCCAUGAUCGAUGAGGGUUCUUCAAUAACUCUUCUGGAAGAAAGUAUUGCCAACAGCCUUGGGGUCAAAGGCCGUACUACGGCACUCACGUUACAGUGGUACAAUAAAAAGAAAAUUACAGAAAAAUCGCGUGUACUCAACCUGCAAGUAAGUGCAGAGAGUCGAAAUACAUCAUAUCAGUUGAAGAAUGUAUACACUAUCAAACAAUUGGAUUUACCAACGCAAACCUUUGAACGAAAUAAUUAUAGCAAUCUUAUAAACUUGCCAAUCGCCAAUUAUUCAUCCGUCAAACCUUCUUUAUUGAUUGGGUUAGACAACAGCCAUUUGUGUGUUGCCAAAGAAAUGGUUAGCUGUGGUCCUAAUGAACCUGUCGCCAUCGCCACCAAGUUGGGUUGGGUAGUUUAUGGGCCAACAAAGGUUGGUAGUGGUCCUAUAGCCAACGUUUUCCACGUCCGUAAACAAUUUUCAUCGCAGCAGUUACACCGGUUAGUGGAAGAGUACUUCAGUCUAGACAGUUUCGCAGUAAACAAGCCAGAUACUCCUCUUCAGUCAAAAGAAGACUUAAGAUCUAGAGAGAUUCUUUGCAAAACAACAAAAAACAUUGGGAAUCGCUACCAAGUAGGGUUAUUGUGGUGCGAAGAUCAAGUUCAAUUGCCACGUAGUUAUGAAAUGGCCAAGAAGAGAUUACUAAACGUCGAAAACAAAAUGGCCAAAGAUCCGGGGUAUGCUAAGAGCUAUAUAGCCGAAAUAAAUAAAUAUAUUAACAAGGGUUAUGCGCAGUUGCUGACUGAUGAAGAGUCGUCGAACGUAGGUCCAUCGAGGUGGUAUUUGCCACAUUUUGGGGUGAUAAAUCACAAUAAGCCACAAAAGCUGCGUAUAGUAUUUGACGCAGCAGCAUCCGUGUCGAAUGUUUCGUUGAAUUCUGUUUUGAUGAAAGGACCAGAACGCGCACAGCCACUGAUGUCAGUUAUGUUCAAGUUUCGCCAACGCCCACUUGCAGUUGCAGGCGAUAUACAAGAGAUGUUCUCUCAGGUCAAGAUUCGCCCUGAAGAUAGACAGUCACAACGCUUCCUAUGGAGACAUGGAGAUCCGUCCAAACGAAUUGAAGUAUAUGUCAUGACGUCCAUGAUAUUCGGAGCCGUUUGUUCACCGUGUUGUGCUGAAUAUAUUAAGAAUUUAAACGCCAGCCGCUUUGAAGAGAAAAUGCCACGAGGUGUUAAAGCUGUUGUUGAAAACACCUAUGUGGAUGACCUGGUCGCCAGUUUUGAUAGUAUUCAAGAAGCCAAUGAAGUCGUAAACGAAGCUAUUACCAUAAAUGCCGCAGCCGGAUUCUUUUUGAGAAAUUUCGUCUCUAACUGCAAGGAGCUACAAAAUCUAUUGAAUCAGGGAACAGAGGCGCCUCCAGACAUUGUUAGCAUGGAACAUGAGCCUAAAACUGAUAAAGUAUUAGGUAUGUAUUGGAAUUCUACUGACGAUGUUUUGGAGUUUCAGUUCAGAUUUUGCAAGAUUUCGCGUGAAGUGUUAGAGUGUAAACGUUCACCUACAAAACGAGAGCUGUUGGGACUCGCUAUGGCCAUUUACGACCCAUUCGGCCUGCUUGCUAACAUCACCGUCAUAGUCAAGUUGAUUUUACAAGAGACCUGGAAGCAGCAGAUAGACUGGGAUGAUUCCUUACCAAUAAAUUUAAGAGAACAGUGGUUUUCAUGGUGGAAAGCCUUCCGCAAAAUAAGGCACUUUUCAGUGCCUAGAUGUCUUUCGCCCAUCUACUCUUCAGCUGAUGAGCUGCAACUCCACAUCUUUGUGGACGCUAGUGAAGCCGCCUACGCUGCCGUAGCUUAUCUACGGAUGAAGUACGCGAACGAUGUCAGCGUCACAUUUCUCGCAGCCAAGUCCAGAUGUGCCCCUAAACGGGCAACCACUGUACCUCGCUUAGAACUACAAGCCGCAGUAUUAGGAAGUCGUCUAAGAACUUCGGUAGAGCGAUGCCUAGACCGAAGCAUGCACAGUGUAACGUAUUGGAGUGACUCUAAAACUGUGUUGCUUUGGAUUCGUUCCACUAAACGGGAUUUUAAACAAUUUGUCGCCAGCCGCAUCUCUGAGAUCCUUUCAACCACAAAUAUCAACCAAUGGCGUUGGAUUCCGACAGCAGCAAAUGUGGCAGAUGAAGCCACAAAGUUUAAGUCAACACCAGAAUGUUCGUCGAAUUCUCGAUGGAUAACAGGUCCCUCAUUUUUGCGCGAAAGUGAAGAUAUAUGGCCUAUUGAGGCCGAGCCCGUACAUUCUGACCUUCCUGAAGAAAUAGAAU